AUAAUUUUAGAAAAUCAUAUCAAACUUUUAAGGAAAUGAAUGAUUACACACAUUCACUCAUGCACAGAUACACACACGUAAAAACGUUAAUUGCAAAUUAAAUAAUUGAGCAACUUUGAAAUUAAAGCAACUUUGAUUUCAUGAUUUGUUUUCACACCAUACCUUUCUCUUGCUUUCUUGCACCAAAGCUGUUCAACAGUAACCUCACCCUUCUUCUUCAAAAACUUCAAUCAUGUUCCAUUCUCUUUCUCUCUCUCUAAAUCUCUCCCAUGGGUUAUCUCUCUUGCAACGGCGAAUCCGCCGUCGCAAUCUGCGAUACUUAUAACUGGAAUCCUCGUCGACGAUCUAAAGUACCGGAGAAACGUCAUCCUCCUAAGCUUCGGGUUUUCAACUACGACGAACUCGCCGUCGCUACUAACGGCUUCUCCGCCAAUAACUUCCUCGGAAAAGGAAGUCACGGCAGAGUUUACAAAGCAGUUCUCGACGACGGAAAGCUUCUCGCCGCCGUCAAGAGAACAACAAUCACCACUACCGUUGGUAAUAACAAUAACAACGUGAGUCAGGUAGACAAUGAGAUCGAGAUUCUUUCACGGGUUCGUCACCGUUGGAUGGUCAACUUAAUCGGUUACUGCGUUGACCACCGGAGGAAAACAAAGCUGUUAGUCGUCGAGUACAUGCCUAACGGUACGCUUCACGAUCAGUUACAUUCUCGUAGUUCGUUAGAUUCACGGUUAAGUAGUUGGAAUCGGAGAAUUAAACACGCGCUUCAGAUCGCGAUUGCUGUCCACGCUCUUCACACCGCAGAGACUCAAGUGAUCCACCGUGACAUUAAAUCGUGUAACGUUUUAAUAGACGGUGACGGUAACGCUAGGUUAGCUGAUUUCGGAUUAGCAUUGAUCGGAAACGUUGACGAUGAGCGUUUGAAAUAUACUCCGCCGGCGGGUACGUUGGGAUAUUUAGAUCCGUCGUACUUAGCACCGGCGGACUUGACGGCUAAGAGCGAUGUUUUCAGCUUUGGGAUAUUGUUGUUGGAGAUUAUUAGUGGUAGAGAAGCCAUUGAUUUGAAUUAUAGUCCGUCGUGUAUCGUUGAUUGGGCGGUGCCGCUUAUCAAACGCGGCGAUUACGACGCGAUUUGUGAUUUGAAGAUUAAGAACCGUCCUUAUUACGCCGUGAUUCGGAAGUUGGCCGUUAUGGCGGCUAGGUGUGUUAGAUCGACGGCGAAGAAACGUCCAGAUAUGUUAGAGGUUGUUGAGUGUUUGAAAACGGUGAGGCAGUUAUCUCCGGCGUGGAAUAAACUGCGGCGGAGGAGUGAAGAGAGAUCGGAAAAUGUUUUGGCGGUUGAGGAAGAGAAGGAAGAGAUUCAUGUGAGGAUUGUGAGAGGAGGAAGCAGGAAGAAUCGGAAGGUAUCGAACGUGACGACGAGUGUGGAUGAUGUUUACGAGAGAUUAGUUCCGGAGGAAACGCUGCCGUUUCGUCGUCGGAAUUUUGUGCUGAGAUCGAGAUCAGUAGGAGCGAAAGUUGGACCGGAUCCAUACGACGGGUUUGGUGAUGAGACGGUGGUUACAAUGAGAUUACUUAUUGAGAAAGAAAGACCGGUGACGACGGCAGCGAUGAGGCUGAGUAAGUCGAGGUCGGUGGGGAUUGUACGUAGUCAUAAAACGGCGUCGCGGAAGAGAUACUGACAUGUUAACUAAAAGUCAGCAUUUUGACAGGCUAUUUGUUUGACCGUUGCCUGUUUUGUUUUCCACUUUUUUCUUUCUAUUUUUGUUUUUUUCUGUCUCAUGUGUUUGUCUUUUUUUAUUGAGUUGAUAUUUUGGUUUUUGUUUUGUUUUGGUUGUUGUAUUGAAUAAAAUUUUGUGUUUGCUACGAAUUUUUCAAAGUAAUUACUGAAAAAGUUUUUAAAAAGUCAGAAAGGGGAAUGGAAUAGACUACUUGAAGUCUUGAACAUUGUAAAGUUGCAUAGAAAAAUGAGAGCUGAAUCUUUCCUUUAAAAGGUUUUGUCAAAGAUGAUGAAGUUGGUCUUUAACUAAAAUUUUCAUGAAUCUUUUUGGUCCAGUUUGUCUCCUCUCUCGCAUUAAAAAGGACAGAAUGUGUGGAGUU